UUUUUGCCGCCCUUGCCUUUCUGCUCUGCUUGCAACAGAAGGACGCGAUGACCGUGCCGCUGCACUACUGGCUUGCGUCGUCGGGGGUCCACGUUUUUUUUUUGCAUCCUCCGGUGUCCUGACCCUAACCCUAUCUACUUGCCAAAUCCUAUUGCUUAAACCAUCAAUCAAAUGCGACGUUCCUGAAAUCAAUGCCUUGGCGUGCGCUCCCAUCCACCAACGUCCAUGAACACUCGCUAUCCCCACCCAUUCCAUGAGGACCCCGAGGAUGGGGAGACCGAGAGCGCGGGUGUCCCCGACCCCACGACGCUCGCUGAGCUGCGCAUGUGCAAGCUCUCUGCUCAGCUCCGCGAGAAGGACCGCUGGUGGGACAAGUGCUGGGACGAGAACAUCACGAGAAAGUGGACUGCGGAGGUGCAGGAGCAGCAGAAGGAUCUCGUCCGGUGGUCCAAGCUGUCCGAGCGCAUGGUCAACUACGUGAUUGAGGAGCUUCAAGCGGCCUCCAGGAUACGCGAGAAGACGGGUGGAGUCGAGCCUGGCCCUUUCGAUCGCGUCUACAUCUCUGACGGCCUCAUCGCGGAAGAGCUCACGGCACAACUCGCGGCGGCCGUGAAGCUGCUCGAAGACGUCCCAUCGAACGAGAAAGACUGGCACCCAGGCUCCGAGGAGCGCGUCCUUGACCUCGUUCACCCCUCAAUCUGUCCGCUGGUCUACGACGACUCGUGGGGCAGAUCCGACGAGGGCGUCCUCCAGCGCUUCGCGAUGCCGGCUCUCGAGUCCGACGACGUCGACGCGGUCUUCGUGUCCCCGCGCUUCCAGUGGCUGCCGUCCGAUUUCGCCGUCGACGACGCCGGCGCGGUCAAGCUCGUGUCUCCCUACAUCAACAACAUCCCCUCGCAGCACCAAGACGCGUUCGUGCCCGUGCUCGAGCGCAUCAUGGAACGCGCGCUGCCGCUGUGGGAAGGCGUGCUGACCGAGCUGCGCACACCCCCGCAGCCCCGGAUCGACCACGCCGCAGAAUGUGUCAUGGGCAGUGGAUACACUGAGGACAUCCCCUCCGAUGACGAGCUCACCGCGGAGCUGGCCAAGCGCGAGACAGAGCUCGAGCCGUUCCGGGAUUGGACGUAUCGUUACCUCCUGCGCGGCGAUCUCAAUCUGCCAGAGGCACCCGAGCAGUAUGUCGCGCGGCGCGGCGAUGUGGAGGCCGCGGAUCGGGUCUCGCUGCGCGGAAGCACGAUCCAGGUUAUCGUCAAGCUCGCCAACAUCGUCUUGACCCCCGAGAAUCCUAGUUAUCCGGGUGGAAUAUGGCACGUGGAAGGCAUGGCGAACGAAUCCAUCGUCUCCACGUUCAUCUAUUAUUACGAUACGGAUAACAUUGAGCCGUCCAGUCUGAGUUUCCGCCAGGCCACGUCGCAGCCUGAAUACCACGAACAGGACGACGCAGCGUGCAUGACCAUUUUGUACGGCAUUGACGCGCAGGAACCGUGUGUUCAGGUCCUAGGCGAAGUUCAGACCAAGGCGGGCCGAUGCAUCGCCUUCCCAAACAUCUAUCAACAUCUAGUCUCUCCAUUCUCGCUCGUCGACACGACAAAGCCAGGCACGCGCAAGAUCCUCGUCUUCUUCCUCGUCGAUCCCACGCGGCGCAUCGUCUCCGCCACAAACGUUCCUCCGCAGCAAGUCUGGGAGAUGAAACGGCUCCUCCGCGCGCAGGGCCCCCAGUCGCGGCUCUCGACCCUGCCCCUCGAGCUGGUCGAAUACAUCGCCACGCUCGUGCCAGGGGUCAAAACCCGCCAGGAAGCGAACGAGAUCCGCGAGGAGCUCAUGGGCGAGCGGACGAUCGUGGUCGAGAGCGUAGAUCGCGAGUAUUUCUCCAGGUCGUUCAACAUGUGCGAGCAUUGAGACAUAGAUGCGCGAUCUGUAGUGGGUAGAGUUAUUGGAUGUUAGAAAGACGGACUUCCGCGACAGCAUGAUACUUUCGUUCGGGAAAUUUCCUGGCAUGCACCACGUGCAUCGACUCUGAAACACCGCGGACUUGGGCCUGAUCCUCCAACACUUCUUGGAAAUUGAAUCAAUAUGUCGAGGACCGAGGUCCCGAGGUCAAAGCGCGAUCACAAAAGAAGCCUGCAACAAGCGACGUUUCAGAUCAUUUCAAUUCACGCAAACUAUUUUGAGUACACACGAAUCUAUCUGGUCUGUGAUCACUUGCUGUGCGCCUUUGUCCGCUCACGCACGGGGUCGAUGGGCCCAUUGUAGGAUCGAGACCAGGCAACAACAAAGCGAUGCGAUCAGGUCCAUUCUCGACUGGAAAUGGAGGCGCUGUGGCCCGGCAGUGACAAGACGGUGGAUGGGAUGAUCGGCUUUGAGGCUUGGAUGUGGGCGCUUGGGACCUGCCGCCUGUCACCUGCCCACCUAUUCCAACUUUGUUUCGAUCGUCCACAAGCGCGACAAUAAACUUGAUCAGCGGCUCUUCAACUGCCGUACCCUGAGAUCUUACUGGCGCAGUUUCUCGAGGUGGGAGAGAGACAGAGGUGGAGGGAGAUUUUCGACGCACCCUAUCAUGCAUUCAUUCAGCCACGCUGCAUUCUGGCACAGUGCACAAGAGGGGUAUACUCCGAGCGGUCCAUGGCUUGAGUGGCAUUUCAGCCUCGACCGAUCUCUCCUAUUGUACAGCCCAAACACGAUCGAUGAUCGACCAAAGCCUUGUCGGCUUCCCCUUGUCUUACACAGGCCUGUGCGCCAUCUCGUUGUCGAUGGGCCAGCCUCCGCAUCUAUAAAAGCGGGGUGCGCUCCGCCCAGUAUUCUCCACCCACCUCCCCACUCCCACAUCCACUCCAACCCACCCACCCCAACCAAACCAACCCACUCGCAAUGGACUCUUUCACCGCCACCGUCCCCACCAAGGUCGAGGAGACCGUCCUGCCCCCCGUCAACGAGGACGGCGGAAACGGCUCCAACGGCGGAUGCGUCGUCACCAAGGAGGACACCUCCCUCCCCCCCGUCAACGAGGACGGCGGCAACGGCUCCAACGGAGGCUGCAUCGUUGCCUAAAUGGUGCGCCAGCUUCUCUUUUUGCACUCUCUGAUUGGGGACUGACGACUUGGGCAGCAAUGCGCAACCUGCCCGAUAACGGUGCCCUCAAUCAGUUUUGGUUCAUUUCGUACGUGCGCUUCCUCAUAUCGCAUUCUACAGUGUUUUGACCUUCUUCCGCAGUUCUGGUUCGGCGUUUGAUUCGUUCGCGCCCAGUAUCUAUUCUUCGCUUUCUUCACUGGACAUUUGAUCCAGCUACCCAGUUAUUUCAGAAAACCAUUCAUAAAACCCACAUUGAAUACGCUGCCAAUCUCAUUAGAUAUAUGUACCCAGUACUUAUCUAAAUGUCAUCAACCUCGUUCCUUGCUUGCAUAGUUUUUCAUGCCCCAGUCCACGGCUUGGCUGGGAGCUGCAUCCCAACCCAGAUCGCAACCAGCGUCGUAGCCAUCAGCACGUAGUACACCAUCCACGGUCCGACGAAAUCGGCCUGCAUCGACAGCGAGAAGAGCGAGUUCGCCGCCGCGGGACCCACAGUCCGCAUCAGACUCACGGUCAGCUGACACAGUCCAUUCGUCGCGCCCAGCGAAGCGCGAUUCGGGGCUGCAGCAGAGAUGUAGAUGAAGACGGCGCC